AUGAAAACUUGUUAUUACGAAUUAUUGGGUGUAGAACUGACUGCCUCGGACUCCGAGCUAAAAAAGGCGUACAGGAAAAAGGCUCUUCAAUUACACCCUGAUAAAAAUCCCGACGAUGUCGAAGGUGCUACUGCAAGAUUUGCAUUAAUCAGAUCGGCCUACGAAGUUUUAUCUGAUCCUCAAGAAAGAUCUUGGUAUGAUUCUCAUAAAAACCUGAUUCUUAGAGAUGAUGAUGAUUUUGGCUCAUCCAAUUACGAAUAUGACGACGACCCAAUAAUUCCAAGUAUUUCCACCGAAGAAAUAAUGAGAUAUUUCAAUCCAACUUUAUAUACGGUAAUGGAUGAUUCAAUUUCAGGUUUUUAUAAUAUAGUGGGUAGACUUUUCGAAAGAUUGGCUGCUGAAGAAAUAACCCAUGGAAAAUUUCAAAACUUAUCUGGUUUUGAUAAAUUUAAAGAUGAUGCUCCAAAUGUUAAUGUAAUUGAUUCUUCGUUUUUAAAAUUUCCUAGAUUUGGCAAUAGUAAAAGUGAUUAUCCCACUCAAAUAAGAGAUUUUUAUAAUUCUUGGUCUUCUUUUCAAAGUAUUAAAACAUUUAACUGGAAAGACGAAUAUAGAUAUUCUUCUGCUCCUGAUAGAAGAACCAGAAGAUUAAUGGAACGUGAAAAUAAAAAAUCAAGAGAUGUCGCUAAAAAAGAUUAUAAUGAGACAAUUAGAAAUUUUGUUAGUUUUAUAAGGAAAAGAGAUCCUAGAGUUAAAAAGGGAGUAGAAGAAUUUGAACGCCAAAAACGAUUAAAACAACAAGAAUCGAUUACAAGACAAGCUAAAGCCCAAACUUUGCAAGAAAAAGCUUCUGGUAUUAAAGACUUUGAAAUUCAAGAUUGGCAAAAAUUAGAUUUAGAUCAAUUAGAAGAAUUAGAAACCUUAUUAAAAGAUGAAUACCUUUCUUCAAGUAGCUCUGAUUCAGACGAAGAAUUCCACGAUAUACAAGAUGAAAAUGAAUUUGAAUGUGUCAUAUGUGAUAAACUUUUCAAAUCACAAAAUCAAUUCGAAAUUCAUGAAAAAUCUAAAAAACAUAAAAAAAGUUUGAAUCGUUUACGUUGGGAAAUGAAAAAGGAAGGUAUAGAAUUAGGUAUCGAUAAAGAUGAUAUCGAUCUUGAAGAAUUUGAAACUGCCGAUGAAGAUGCUGCUUUGACCGACGCGGAUGCUGCUUUGACCGACGCGGAUGCUGCUUUGACCGACGAGGAUGUUGAAUUCACUGAGGAGGAAAAUAACCUGGAAGCUUAUACUCUGGAUCACCAUAAAGAACCAGCAGAAGAAAAAGACUCCGACAGUUUGAAAAGUAAUGAACAAAAUCUCAAUCUUGAUGAUCUUGAUAUAGAUGAUGAUAUAGAUGAUGAUAUCGAUGAUGAUAUCGACGAUUUGAUUGAUACUAAUGAAGAAUUACCGACUACUAAAACUUCAUCAAAACUGAAGAAGAAAAAGAAACAAAAGCAAGGCGUGGUAGAUUUCAAAGAUGAAGAAGUUAACUCAUUAGAAGCAGAACUUUCAAAAUUAGGAUCAGAAUCCAAACUCAAUGAUUCCGAUGAUGAUUGGAUUGUGGGAUCUAAAAAGAAUUCCAAAAAAAAUAACAAAAAAAGUAAAAGCGUUGCAUCCACUAAGGUAAAUACACCUGACGAGACUGACCAAAGUCCUCCACCGACAAUUCCCAAGAAUGGAAAAAUCCCUAAUGGUUCAGAAAUAUGUGUUGUUUGUAAGGAAGUAUUCACUUCCAGAAAUAAACUUUUUCAACAUGUCAAAAACACUGGACAUGCAGCUCCCGUAAAAGAGGUGAAGAAGAAGUCAAAAAAGAAGCGUUAG